AUGGAUCAAUCAAGCUGCUAUUCGUCCUGCGGUUUCAUGUCGGCGGGGCCCGGUGGGGGCCGGUGGAGGCCGGCCGGUGACCUGCACAGCACAACAGCAAUGAGCACGGCGCCGUGCGCGGAGGCGCUACUGAGUACAGGCCAAGCAGCGGCGGCACGCGGCGGCCGCGACGCAGUAGCGCGGCCGGUCACAUGGCCGCGCUCGCCGCGCCCUCCGCGCCUCCGCCGCCGGCUAAUUAAU